AUGCUACCCUCUCUUUUCUUUCUUUCUUUCUUUCUUUCUUUCUUUCUUUCUUUCUUUCUUUCACUUCUUCUUUAUACGUCUUUCCGCCCCAAUCAACUUACAUCCAACCUGACUCUUUCAACCUUCAAGCGAGUUUCGUUUCGCUUCUCUUUUCUCGGUCCACUCUCCCCCUAUCGCUUCCCUCUCUCUAAGGCAAAGAAACAUAAAACCAUUCCCCUCUCUCUUUCUAUCUAUCUCCCUUUCAUUCUGUCUCCCUCUCGCUCUUUAAGGCAGCCCAAUGAAACAUCUCCCUCUCUCUACAGUCCUCCUUCUCUCUCUAUAAAGCAGUUUCAAGUAACCUCCGCUUACAUUUCCUUACUUUUUUCUGUUUGUUUCUUUUCAUUGCGUUUUCUUUCUUUCUUUCUUUCUUUCAUUCUUUCUUUCUUUCUUUCUUUCUUUCUUUCCUUCUUUCUUAAUACUUAUUGUUCUUUCUUUCUUUCUUUCUUUCUUUCUUCCUUUCUUUCUUUCUUAAGUACUUAUUGUUCUUUCUUUCUUUCUUUCUUAAUUACUUAUUGUUCUUUCUUUCUUUCUUUCUUCCUUUCUUUCUUUCUUUCUUUCUUAAUUACUUAUUUACUUAUUGUUCUUUCUUUCUUUCUUUCUUUCUUUUCUUUCUUAAGUACUUAUUGUUCUUUCUUUCUUUCUUUCUUUCUUUCUUUCUUUCUUUCUUUCUUUCUUUCUUUCUUAAUUACUUAUUGUUCUUUCUUUCUUUCUUUCUUUCUUUCUUUCUUUCUUAAUUACUUAUUGUUCUCUUUCUUUCUUUCUUUCUUUCUUUCUUUCUUUCUUAAGUACUUAUUGUUCUUUCUUUCUUUCUUUCUUUCUUUCUUAAUUACUUAUUUACUUAUUGUUCUUUCUUUCUUCCUUUCUUUCUUCCUUUCUUUCUUUCUUAAUUUAUUGUUCUUUCUUUCUUUCUUUCUUUUCUUAAUUACUUUCUUUUCUUUCUUCUUUCUUUCUUUCUUUCUUUCUUUCUUUCUUAAGUACUUAUUGUUCUUCCUUUCUUUCUUUCUUUCUUUCUUUCUUAAUUACUUAUUGUUCUCUUUCUUUCUUUCUUCCUUUCUUUCUUUCUUCCUUUCUUUCUUUCUUUCUUUCUUAAGUACUUAUUGUUCUUUCUUUCUUUCUUUCUUAAUUACUUAUUGUUCUCUUUCUUUCUUUCUUUCUUUCUUUCUUUCUUUCUUUCUUAAAUUCAUCCGUCCACUAUUCUAUUAUUACAUUUUCUUUCUUUUUCAAAACCCGAUCCUCUUUUUGUCUUUUUUGUCAUUCAUUCAAUGCUCUUCCCUUUCUUUCUUUCUUUCUUUCUUUCUUUCUUUCUUUUAUUUAUUGUUUUCUUACCGAGUCAAUAUUCCUAGCUCUUCGACAAGGUCACUUCCAUCAUCAAUCAAAGAACUUAUUAUUCUAUGUCAACAAACAAACAAGCGAACAGAUUGGUUAACCUUCCCCAGGCCAAAGGCCGGUACACAUAAAUGCCUCACACUUUUCUGUCUCUCUCUCUCUCUCAUUCUUGUUUGUUUUCUAUACCAGCCUGUUACCAAUCUCUCUCUUUCUCUCUCUCACACCAUUCUGCCCUGUCUCUCCUGA